AUGAACCAACACACGGGGCUUUCUUUGGGAGCCUUUCCGAGGAAUGGGCCCUGGAAAGGGCUUUUGCUCACAGCAUUCUUUCUAAGUUCUCAGCUCCAGCUGACACCUGGCCAACUGACCAUCACCCCCGUCCCGUCCCAACCCAUGGAAGGGGAAAACAUCACCCUCUUGGUCCAGGGCUUGAUAGAAGAGGAUCUCAUGUCCUUCAACUGGUUCCGAGGGAGUGAAACAGACCUGGCUUAGCAGAUCCUCACUUUCGUAGUCAUCUCUGGCACCCAGUCAACGGGGCAGGCACACACUGGGCGAGAGACGGCAGGAGCAGAUGGCUCCCUGUAUAUUUCCAGCGCCCGAGUCAAUGAUUCUGGGACCUACACUCUUCGCAAGCUCCUCAUUCUGUCAGGCACCGUGUUGAGCAAGGUGUUUAGCAUCUACGUGCCUGUCUAUGAGAAUCUGACCCAACCCAGUGUAAUGGCCAACAAUUCAGCACCGGUAGAGAAUAUGGACUCUGUGACCCUGAGCUGCAUCACUCCAGGCAAGGAUGCAAUUAUACAAUGGUACAUUAACAAAGAACUCUUUCUGGGUGGCAGCCAGGCAGAGCUGUCGUCUGAUCAGAGGAGUCUCACUAUCCCCAGGGUGACCCGAGAUCAUGGGGGGCCCUAUCAGUGUGAAGUCAAGAAUCCAGUCACCACCAGCAUCAGCAGCCCAUUUCUCCUGGAUGUCACUUAUGGCCCUGAUGCCCCCACAGUAACCACCACGGAACCAGAUGCCAUCUUUAUUGGAUCCCAGCUCACCCUUUCCUGCUUUGCUACCUUAAACCCAGCUGCCCAAUAUGGAUGGAUUUUCAAUGGCACCACAGGGCCUUCUGGCCAACAAUUCUCCAUUGCUGCUGUCUCUUUGGAUAACUCGGGUCUGUACACCUGUGAGGCAUCAAAUGCCCUCUCAGGACGCCACAGCACAGCGGACGUGGAAAUCUCUGUUUCUGGUGAGUGGGCCUCAGAGCUCCCAACUCUCAUCAUCAGGUCACAGAGUCUGACAUUACCCGUGUUGGACCGGGGACUAAUAAUGAUGCUGGCUGCCAUUUAUACAGUGUGUGCAGGCAUGUACACCUGCGAGGCCUUCAACACUAUCACCCAUCACCGAAGCACAGCCUGGGCAAGGAUCCAGGUGUCAGAAGCUGCUAAUCAAGGCACUAACCAAGCACUCCGUGGAAGGUCCAUCCCCAGUGGGGGUAUUGCAGGAAUUACAGUGGGCAUUCUGGUUGGGGUGAUUCUGACAGGAACACUUGGCUACUUUGUUGGCGUCAUGAAGUCCCAGAUCAGAAAUGCUGUGGAAGUCAUUGCAGCAAGCUCAGACAUUUUUGGUUGUAAGUCUGCCAAUGUUUCCUUCACGGCACCCCCACCAAUGCCCACUUCCUAUUCAUAA